UAUUUUUUCUUGUCUCCAGUUUUUUGUUUUGUUAUCUUCCCCUGAUUCCACAUUCUCACUGCAGCUUUCUCAAAGUCAGUAACAGUACAUAUACUUGAAUCCAGGUGCUCCUUCGGGGUCUCAGCAAACGUUUGCAAGGGAUCCUAUUCCUUUUUGAGACCGCGACGCCAAGAUAGUAUGCUUGUUGGCCUAUUCAGGUGAUCUCUUUUGUGCACGAAUACGACGAACCAAUAGAGCAUCAAGGGUUUACGAGCAACAACCGCGGGGAUGGUCACCCUGGCGAGUCCGCGGGCACUGCCCUCAUGCCUUGUCCUCUUGUCACUCGCGGUGCAGCUAUGUUCUGCGUCGAUGGCGGCGUGGUGGGUUGGCGACAAGAGGGCACCGCAGAUUCUGCGUUGGAACGCAACCCUGGGAGCCAUAACUUAUAGCAGCUGCCAUACCAAGGACACGCCUGCGUUUCCCCUGGAUCCGCCAAACGUCUUGGACGUGGCUCAGAAGCCGCGCAAUGGGACUUCGUUGACGGGGCAGGGGUGGUGGAAUUCCAAGACUACUGCUGCGUCGAUUUUCUACCAAGCCGAAGAUGGCUCCUUGGUCAACACCUACCAGGAGUGCGACUUGAGCACAGGCAAGUUCCGUCGCCUGACUACCGACAUCAUCAGCAAAGAUGCGCCGGCGCCCAUCCACCCAGAGUCGGGCCUGGCAUCGGUCCUCCUUGCGAACGAAGGUACCAACGAGGGCUACCGCUUGUUUUACCAUGACGACAAGAAGCAGGUCAACGUGAUUGGGUUCAGACCGGCGACCUCAAAGUUCUACUACGACGGCAUCGUGUCGCAGGAUUUGCCCUCGGGCAUGGCGCUGGCCGCAGGGUUCAACUCGAACAGGAACUACUCGGUCGUGUUUCCCAGGGAUGACGAAAACCUGGAGCACGCCCGGGCGACGGCUGAUGAUAGCAGACAUGGGAUCACAAUCCUACCCCGACCCCUCAAGGAUUCCAACGUCGGCAACAUGACGAGCCUGGCCAACCGCACAGGCCUCGUCCUCGACAAGGACUUCAACAUGACUACAGUCCCACGCCUCCCCAACUGGACAUCGAACCCGAAGCUCGCCCUGUCGACCGACAGCGGCACCAAGCGCAACGUAUUCUGGCUGGGCUCGGACCGUCGCCCGCACAAGCUCUACAUCACGACGCAGGGCUGGGCACUGCAGGACACCAACGUCGGCGUGGACGAGUGGCCGGCCGCCGACGCCGACUCGGACCUCGCCCUCGCCUACGAGCGCGGCACCGACAACGUCCGCCUCUACUACGUCGUCGGCGGUCUCCUCCACGAGCUCAGGCACGACAAGGCCCGCACCGGCAACGGAUACGAGUGGAAGAUCGCCGCCGCGCUCCCCGUCGUCGCGCCCCCUGGUACUACCACCUCGACCGGCGGCGGCGGCAGCACCCCCAACGAUUCUACCAACGGCGGGCCGACCACGGGCCAGGAGACGACAGACUCGCAGUCCGGAGGUGAUGGCGGACUGUCGACGGGCGCCAAGAUCGGGCUGGGCGUCGGCAUCGCCCUGGGAGUCGUUGCCGUCGGCGCGGCGUGCAUGAGUGUCUGGUACGUGCGCCGGCUCAAGAAGACGCAGGCGGCGGCUAGGGCGCAGGCGGACGACGAGGAGGAGGAGAAGAGGAGGCGGUACGAGCAGGUGCAGCAGGAACAGCAGCAGUACAACCCGUAUCAGUACCAGCAGGUCCAGCAGCACGGGGGCCCGCACUACCCGCAGAGCAACGGAACCAGCCAGUUCGGCAGCGAAAUGGGCAGCCCCAAGACGACUUACCACUACGGUGGCUACAUCCCGGACAAGAAGGCGCCGCUUGCGUCGGCGUCGCCCGUGCCGCAGGAGAUGAACGCCACCCCGGUCGUGUACGAGCUGCCCGAGCAGAGGCGCGCGACCGAGAUGGAUGGAGGGAGCGAUGUCAUGUCACCGCAGAGCACGCAUCGGUGAACACGUCCAUCUUUGUCCAGUAAAUCUUUUGGUGGAUAUAAAACAGGGAGAACGGGGGAUAAUGUAGAAUGGUGUGGGGCCUGGCGUCGUAACAGCGUUGUUAGCUUUGGGUUUGUUUUGUUUUGGAGCCAUUGUUCGGUCCUCUUUGACUUGGAUGGCGUUUAUGGUAAUGUUUGAUGGCUGUAUUGUAUUAUGAAGGUGAUGGCUGCGUAUUCCCCGGUCUUUCGACUGCGCAUAUAAAUCCUGAUAUAUUCUCAAGUUCAUUAUGCCACUGCUAUUGUACUUUUCGGGCGAUUUUGCUGUUUAUGAAAUUUGCGAGUAGCGCAAGCCUGGUAGUACAUCUGCAUUCUUUUGCAUAGUCACGAUGCAAUUGCGACCGUCUUCACUAAAUAGCCCAUGAUUUCGUUCCGUCUCGGAUAUCUACAACACAUUAAGG